CGGAGCUUUUGUUCUGUAGCUGCUGAAGGCGCAGCCUGGACUGUAGUUUCCCGGGAGAGGAGAGCAGAAACGGGAGCGGAGCGCAGUCGUCUGAGCAUCAGCUCCCGCAUCCCGCCAGGGGUUGCAGGUGUGUGGGAGGAUUGAAACUGUUCCAACAUGGCUUUCCUUGGACUUUUCUCUUUGCUGGUUCUGCAAAGUCUGGCUGGAGGAGCCACUCCCCCUGAGGAAACCAUUGCAGAGUUGUCAGUGAAUAUGUAUAAUAACCUCCGAGCCACUGGGGAAGAUGAAAAUAUUCUUUUCUCUCCAUUGAGCAUCACCCUUGCAAUGGGAAUGAUGGAACUUGGGGCCCAAGGAUCUACCCUGAAAGAAGUUCGCCAUUCAAUGGGAUAUGACAGCCUGAAAAUUGGUGAAGAAUUUUCUUUCUUGAAGGAGUUUUCUAACAUGGUAACUGCUGAAAAGAGCCAGUAUGUGAUGAAAAUUGCCAAUUCCCUCUUUGUGCAAAAUGAAUUUCACAUCAAUGAUAAGUUUUUGCAAAUGAUGAAAAAAUAUUUUAAUGCGGAAGUAAAUCAUGUGGACUUCAGUGAAAAUAUUGCUGUGGCCAACCAUAUCAAUAAGUGGGUGGAGAAUAACACAAAUAGUCUGUUUAAAGAUUUGGUGUCCCCAAGAGAUUUUGACUCUGCCACUCAUCUGGCCCUCAUCAGUGCUGUCUAUUUCAAGGGUAACUGGAAGUCACAGUUUAGACCUGAAAAUACUAGAACAUUUUCCUUCACUAAAGAUGAUGAAAGUGAAGUCCAAAUUCCAAUGAUGUAUCAACAAGGAGAAUUUUAUUAUGGGGAAUUUAGUGAUGGUUCCAAUGAAGCUGGUGGUAUCUACCAAGUCCUAGAAAUACCAUAUGAGGGAGAUGAGAUAAGUAUGAUGCUGGUGUUGUCCAGACAGGAAGUUCCACUGGCCACUCUGGAGCCACUGGUCAAAGCACAGCUGAUUGAAGAAUGGGCAAACUCUGUGAAGAAGCAAAAAGUGGAAGUGUACCUGCCCAGGUUCACAGUGGAACAGGAAAUUGAUUUAAAAGAUGUUUUGAAGGCGCUUGGAAUAACUGAAGUUUUCAACAAAAAUGCAAAUUUGACAGCCCUGUCUGAUAACAAAGAGAUUUUCCUUUCCAAAGCAAUUCACAAGUCCUUCAUCGAGGUUAAUGAAGAAGGCUCCGAGGCUGCUGCCACCUCAGGAAUGAUCGCAAUUAGUAGGAUGGCCGUGCUGUAUCCUCAAGUCAUUGUGGACCACCCAUUUUUCUUUCUUAUCAGGAACAGGAGAACAGGUACAAUCCUAUUCAUGGGACGAGUCAUGCACCCUGAAACAAUGAACACAAAUGGACAUGAUUUUGAGGAACUUUAAGUCAUUUCACUUGAAUAACAAGAAAAAAUAGUAACUAAGCACAUUAUGUUUGCAACUGGUAUAUAUUUAAGAUUCGUGUUUUACAGUAUAUCUUAAGAUAAUAUUUAAACUAACUCCAUAUAAAAACAGUAUGUAAAUUAUAAGCCAACUUGUCAAGGAAUGUUAUCAGUGUUAAUGAGGUAAUGGUCUUGUCGUGUCAUGUGUGUUGUGUCAGUAAUUAAAAUAAAAGUACAUAGUGAA